AUGGAAUCCACUUCUGAAACUAAUCAACUACUGCUCCUUCCCUCAUCCUCCUCUUCACUUCCGCGCUGUUGGGACUAUGAUGUCUUUCUGAGUUUUAGAGGUGAAGACACACGAAAGUCUUUUACAGAUCACCUCUUUGCUGCGUUGUGCCGAGCCGGAGUUCACACUUUCAGAGAUGCAGAAGAGCUCCGUAAAGGAGAAGACAUCUCCACUGACCUCAUCAAAGCUAUUCAAGAAUCAAAGAUUUCCAUUAUCGUGUUUUCCAAAACUUAUGCCUCUUCCCGGUGGUGUCUUGAGGAGCUUGUGAAGAUAGUGGAAUGUAAAGAAAAGGUAAAUCAAGUGGUUUUUCCUGUAUUUUAUGAUGUGGAUCCAUCUGAAGUGCGCAAACAAACUGGUGGGUUUGGUGACGCCUUAGCUCAACAUCAACAACAAUUUGGGACCAAAAAACUUAGUCAAUGGAAAACAGCUUUGACUAAGGUUGCAAAUUUUUGUGGUUGGGAUUUACAGAAUGAUGUUGACGGGUAUGAAUCAAAAUUUAUUGACAAAAUUGUAGAAAAGGUUCUACAUGUGGUGAACCGUACAUUUUUUAAUGUUGCAAAAUAUCCUGUUGGAAUUCAUACCCGGGUUAGAGAAAUAUUUUCUUCAUUGCAAAGUAAAUCAAAUGGUGAUGUUUGUAUGAUAGGAAAAACAACCUUAGCAAAAGCCAUAUUUAACCAAAUUUAUGAAACAUUUGAAGGUAGUUGCUUUCUUGAUGUUAGAUCAGAAUGUUCAAAGGGAGAGAGUGUAGGUUUAAAAUGUUUGCAAGAACAGCUUCUUUGUAAAACUCUCAAAACAAUGAGAUUUGAAGUUAACCAUGUUGAUGAAGGAAUUAGUUUGAUCAAAUUAAGACUUGGAUUAAAAAAGGUUCUCAUUGUUGUUGAUGGUGUAGAACAUGAGAGUCAAUUAGAGGCAUUAGUUGGGGAUGGAGAUUGGUUUGGUUCAGGUAGUACAAUUCUCAUUACAACUAGAAACGUUAAUUUGUUGAAUGGCCUCGGAAAAGAUUGUGAGAAGUACAAUGUUGUGGUGUUAAGUUCUAAGGAAUCUUUGCAACUCUUUUGUUGGCAUGCUUUUAAGGACCCAAAUCCUUUGGAGGCUUUUGCAGAACUAUCAAACGUGAUAGUAAGUUAUGCUGGUGGACUUCCUUUGGCACUUACUGUUCUAGGCUCACAUUUUCGGUCCAGAUCAUCAAUUCAACACUGGAGAGCUGACUUUGAGAAGUUAAGAAAGAUUCCUCAUGAAGAUAUUUUGAAUAUUCUCAAAAUGAGUUAUGAUGCACUUGAUGAUGAUACUCAAAGAAUCUUCCUUGAUAUUGCUUGUUUUUUUGAGGGUGGAUAUAUCCACAAAGAAGAGAUCGUUAUGAUAUUGAAUGCUUGUGGUUUCUUUGCUCAAAGUGGAAUUGCAACUUUAAUUAAUAGAUGCUUGUUAAGGGAAAAAGAUUAUUAUAUGCAUGAUUUAGUUCGAGAUAUGGGAAGAGAAAUUGUUCGCCAAGAAUCUCUUAUGGUGUCUGAGAAAAGAAGUAGAUUGUUUUUAUGCGAUGAGGUUUUGGAUGUGCUCGUGAACAACAAGGGCAAUGAAGAUAUUGAAACAAUGAUUAUUGAUUUGCCAAAGGAAGUGCAUUUGAGUACUAAAGUAUUCUCUAAAAUGAGCAGGUUAAGAUUGCUCAGAAUCGAAUCCAUGAAUGCCAAGGGAUCAUUAAAAUACUUAUCUAAUGAGCUUAGGUUGCUUUUUUGGAAUCAUUGUCCAUUGAGACACAUAUCGUCUGAUCUUUGCCUGAAGAAGCUUGUUAUUUUAGAAAUAACAGACAGCAAUAUUAAGGAAUUUAAACCCAAUUUGCAGCAACUUAAAGGGUCCCCAAAUUUUACUGGAGCACACAAUCUAAAGACAUUGUCCUUCUUUAAUUGUCCAAAAUUGGUUGAAUUGUCACAAUCCAUUGGAGAUUUAGAAAGCCUUGUUGAGUUAGAUAUGAGAUUUUGCGAGAAUCUUAGAGCGCUCCCCAAUAGUAUUUGCAACUUGAAGUCGCUUAAGUGUCUUGAUCUGGAAUUUUGCUCCAAGAUUAAAAAAUUGCCUACUAACUUGGGAAAAUUAGAGCAACUACGUGUACUUAAUGCUAAAUGGACUUCGGUAUCACAUGUGCCUUUUUCUUGUGGAUCUUUGAGAUAUCUCUACUAUCUGACACUAGGGCAGUCCAAUUAUACAGAUGGGUAUGAUUAUAGGAGUGUGGAACCUAUUUCUUCAUAUGCUAAUUUAUGUUCCUUGGAAACUCUACAGGCUCCUUACCAGUUUAUGCAACAUUUAGAUCUUCAAAUGGGGAGUCUAUCAUUAUUGACAUUUCUAGAUCUAAGCAAUAGUUACUUCACUACCAUUCCCUUCAACCUUUCUCAUCUUUCUCAGCUAAAAGAUUUGGUUUUGAACAAGUGUCAGAACCUUCAACUGAUUAAAGAUCUUCCACCUAACCUAGGUCGGCUCGUUGCAUACCGUUGUCCCUUGCUGGAGAAUAUACAAGAUGUAUCAGGGCUAUAUCGGUUGUCUCUUUCUAUCUACAAAAGUUUGAUUAUUGAGCCUCGAUGCAGUUUUGAAAAGCUCUGUCGUUUAGAUCUGUGUGAUAGUUACUUGGAUACCCUGCCCUUUAAACUUUCUCAUCUUUCUCAACUAAGAAGUCUCUGUUUGUAUAACUGCCAGAACCUUCGAGUGAUUCAAGAUCUGCCUUACUCAAGUUUAAUGCAUUUGCGGAUUCAUAACUGCAGUAAUUUGAUUGAAAUUCAAGGCAUAGAGAAUUGUGUUAAUUUACGUUCAAUCAGCAUGUUAUAUUGUAGCGCUCUUGCAAGUAAUUCUUGUGGUGCGAAGUUGUUCAAGGUGGUCCACACAAGAAGGAAUAAGGUGUUGGAGUGGAGAGUAUAUGAUCAUUUUAUAGAAGCCAAUAAAGUGGAAGAAGUAAAGGUGGUUGUAGAGUUUUAUUCAUCGCUGGAGCAAGGAGCUGAAGAGAAUUUGAGAAUUGAAACAUGUAUAGUUUAUGAAAAAGAGGGUGAGGUUUGCUUCUUUCCUGUGAACCCAAAUAAGGUCAUCAUAUUCCGCCCUGACGAUGAUUCUGCACACACCCAGAGAGAUGUAUAUCCAAGGGUUAAUAUAACACUCACAAUUAGCUCUCCAACAUCUGAUUCAAAAAUGGAAAUGCAGCUUUUAGAUCUAAGCUAUAGUGAUUUCGAUGCCCUGCCCUUUACCCUUUGUCAUCUUUCCAAGCUAAAAUAUCUUGAUUUGAACAACUGUCUGAAUCUUCAGGUGAUUAAAGAUCUUCCACUUAGCCUAAGUGAAUUCUCAGCAGAGAAUUGCCCCUUGUUGAGAAGUGUACCAGAUCUAUCUAGCUUAUUAAGUCUAGAGGUAUUGUAUCUGGGUAACUGCUGUAAAUUGAUUGAGCUUGUAGGCGUUGAGAAUCUGGUUAAUUUAAAAACAAUGGACAUAACAGGUUUACCAUCUCGUGACAAUACUAACGACUAUGGCUGGGGAUAUUUGGGCGAUCCUAAAGCUUCCGCUGUAACGAGGCAGGAAAUUCCAUUAAAGCCUUCUGCGUGGAAUUUGUCGCCGAUGAUUUUGAUUCCGGUCGUUGUUGACGAGGGCGGCAACUAUGAGCAUUCAUGGACAACGACGAAGGGAGCAUCGCUCUAG